AUGUCGGGGGUCGAGGCCAUCAGCAUGGCCUGCAACGUCAUGACGAUCAUCAGCUUCAGCUUGGAGACCAUCAAGCUUUACCGCAGCAUAUACGAGGCCGGCAGCUCAGAUCCCGAGCUCGCCAAGAAAGCUGAGCACAUUCGAGAGACAUCCGACGAUGUGGCACGGCUGCUACAUGAGCAACAGCAGCUGGAUCCAGCGCAGCGAGUGAUGACCUCGGACGCAGAGAAACGGCUCCGAGACAUCGCUGCCAAGUGUCUUCAGUAUUCCAAGGACAUCGAGCAAGAGAUUGCAUCAACGUCUCCCAGGAAGUCCGGCAUUCCCCGGGCGUUGAGGUCUACGGUGAAGGCCAUUUGGCGGAAGCCCCAUCUUGAUCAGCUCAAAAGCCAUUCCGUGGAAUCGACAUUCGGAGCUUCUUCGGGUCGUCACCUUCUAGCCAAUAGGGCUUAA